CGACCGAGCCAUGCACGAUGCCUCCGCCAUACAACCCUGCUUCUCUUCAUUCUGUGAUUGAGAGAAAAGAUGAUGGAUUGAAGCAAGUAGACACUUGGGAAAGAGAAUACUGGAAAAGUCAUAAUAAGCAAAUGUAGAGAGCGACUGUCGGCAUGAAGGCGAACCGGUGGCAACUGGAAAGAUCGUCGUUGGUGCCGCUCUUCUUAGCCGUCAUCACUCUCGGCGCGUUCAUUUGCACGCGCUAUUUUGCCUCCUUUGCCGCCGCUUUAAUGGAUACAAAUCCCCCUAAAAGCUCAGUCCGUACACCUGAAGCAGUCGAUUCGACUCAAGAUCUCGAGACUGCUCCAAACGCCAUACACAUCCCAUUAAACUGUUCGUUGGGCGAACUUUCUACGACCUGCCCUGCCAAUUACUAUCCGUCUCAUGUUUCAGCCGAAGCGAAACUCCAUCCGUCUUCGCCACCACCUUCUUGCCCGGAUUACUUCCAUUGGAUUCAUGAAGACCUCUGGCCGUGGAGGGAGACCGGUAUUACUAGAGACAUGGUGAUGAGCGCCAAAUGGAAAGCAAAUUUCCGACUGGUGGUGGUAGACGGGAAAGCUUACGUGGAAAGAUACCAUAAAUCGUCUCAGAGCAGAGAUACUUUCACACUAUGGGGUAUCUUACAGUUGCUGAGGCGGUAUCCGGGCAAACUCCCUGACUUGGACCUCAUGUUCGAUUGCGUUGAUAGAGCAGCCAUCAGCAAGUACGAUCCCGCGCUUCCUCCACUGUUCCGAUACAGUCGCAAUGACUACUAUAUGGAAAUUAUGUUUCCAGACUGGUCUUUCUGGGGCUGGCCCGAGAUCAAUAUAAAGCCGUGGGAGGUGCUGUCUAAGGAGCUGAAAGAAGGGAAUACGCGGACUCAAUGGAGAGACAGGGAGGCGUACGCUUACUGGAAGGGUAAUCCGCUUGUAGCUGCCACGAGGAUGGACUUACUCAAGUGUAAUGUUUCGGAUAAACAGGACUGGAACGCUCGUAUAUAUGCUCAGGACUGGGAGCAGGAAGAAAAGCAAGGUUACAAGCAAUCAAAUUUAGCAAGUCAAUGCAUUCACAGAUUCAAACUCUAUAUCGAAGGAGUCGCGUGGUCUGUAAGCAACAAGUACAUUCUGGCGUGUGAUUCUCUCACGCUGCUUGUCAAGCCUAUGUUCCAUGAUUUCUUUUUGAGGGGCUUGAUACCUUUAAAGCAUUACUGGCCGAUUAAGGACGACGACAAGUGCAGAUCUAUUAAGCACGCGGUGGACUGGGGAAACAACCAUCAGGAAGAGGCGCAGGCCAUUGGCAAGGCCGCGAGCAGUUUCAUCCUAGACGAACUCAAGAUGGAUUAUGUUUACGACUACAUGUUCCAUUUGUUGAGCGAGUAUGCUAAGCUCUUGAAAUACAAGCCCACCGUGCCUGAGAAAGCGUCUGAACUAUGCUCGGAGCUGAUGGCGUGUCGUGCAAAGGGAGUUGAGAAGAAAUUCAUGGUGGAUUCACUCGUAGGUCCUGCCUCGACACAGCCAUGCACGAUGCCUCCUCCAUACAGCCCUGCUUCUUUCCAUUCUGUGAUUCAGAGAAACAAAGAUGGAAUGAAGCAAGUAGACACUUGGGAAAGAGAAUACUGGAAAAAUCAGAAUAAGCAAAUGUAGGUACGUAGUAAAGUGUCAAACAUGGAUGGAGACUUUGAUACACAAAAGAGAUUGCAUUGGAAGCAAUGGUUAGAAUUCUAAUUGUAUUGGGAAAAUAGGCACUUCUUUACACUAUUCUCUAUAUUACACUAUUACUUUACUA